CUCCCGAUGGAACUGCCAUGCCAUUCAUGCAAUGGUUUCACAAGACAAUCGUUGAUUCAAGCCCUGUCGCUGCUACGUUUCCCUUCACACGUCGAGUGCGUGCGUGCUUGUACGACGCUGCUCAGCUCCCGCUCCCCCGCUGGGGCCUGACAGCUUGCAGGUGCAUUCUACAUUUGCAUCCGCAUCAUCUACAUACCACUCACACCCACACACUCUCUCUUUCACUGAAAGAAAGCAAGCCACGUACCUCCCCCGUCCCCAACCCCACGCAACACUCUCCUUUCUCAGCGCAUCUAUCCAAGUACGAGCAUUUCUCCGGCUCCACAGGAAACCUAUCAAGACCAACCGCUUGCAGCGCGGCGGAGACCUAGAUGGGGGGCUUGAGCCUGUAAGUGGCGCAAGUUGGCAUGCUCCGAUUGCGUAACGUAAGAAACCUCGUCAUUCAUCAAGAUAGGCUGAGAGUCGAUCAUUGCCAAGGGGGACGUGAAGGAAGCAAAGGAAGACGCGGAAAUAGCGAAGAAAACAAGCGGUAUGUCAAUGGUGAAACAAGAUAGACAGUGCUAAUGCAGCCUUAACGGACCUACCUAGCGGAAAUGGCGGAAAAGAUAUGUUAUCAUGGG